AUGGUAUCAGAGCAAGGUUAAGAAGCUAGUAAUUCUGCUUCACCGGCGGGCGGCAGCCUCGCCUUGGCCGCCCGCCGGACCUCUACACAUGCCUUCACUCCAUCUCUUCCCUCUCUUCUUGGAGAAUUGCAGCCACUUGAUCCUCCAUUUGGUCAAUGAUCUGAGACCAUUUAGUUGUUGAUUGCUCUGUCUCUCUCCAGCGAAUUGGAGGGAAGAGAAAGGUUGAGAUUAGCUCUCUGGUUCGCAUCUCACCCACCCACGUCUCUCUCUCUCUCUCUGUUAUAUAUCUAAGUAAAAUUCAGUCUCGACCAACCACCACUGUAGUUUGUCGCAUCCGACUUCUCUCUCAUCAAUCUUUUAUGUAUAUUUGUGUUUGUUGUCCUUACAUUUCACUUCUACAAACCUCAUUUGCAUCCAAGUCCUCUCUUUUCUAUUCUGGGUUUCCAUCACAAUGACACACUGAUUCAAUACCUGAUUGCAUGGUAGAGAGAGAGAGGGAGUUCAGUUCGAUCUUGUUCUUUUCCUUGCAAUUUCAACCCGCGUCAAGAAAAAUCGGCUACGAUGGGUGACGUAUCCAAGGACCUAGUUGCUGGGACUGUUGGUGGGGCAGCGCAGUUGAUUGUUGGACACCCUUUUGAUACGAUCAAGGUCAAACUCCAAAGCCAACCCACACCACUCCCAGGUCAACCUCUGAAAUACUCGGGUGCUAUGGAUGCUGUCAGAAAAACGAUAGCAUCAGAAGGCCCAAGUGGUCUGUACAAAGGUAUGGGGGCACCUCUUGCCACUGUGGCAGCCUUUAAUGCUCUCCUAUUUACAGUUAGAGGACAAAUGGAAUCUUUAUUGAGAUCUGAACCUGGUGUGCCUCUUACCGUCAAUCAGCAGAUAAUUGCUGGGGCUGGGGCUGGAGUUGCCGUCUGCUUUUUGGCUUGCCCCACUGAAUUGAUCAAGUGCAGGUUGCAAGCACAGAGUGCUCUAGCAGAUUCUGGUUCAGCUGCCGUGGCAGUGAAGUAUGCAGGACCAAUGGACGUGGCAAGGCAUGUUCUCCGAUCAGAAGGCAGUAUGAGAGGUCUCUUCAAGGGCUUAAUUCCCACUAUGGCACGAGAGGUUCCUGGAAAUGCUGCAAUGUUUGGCGUCUACGAAGCCCUGAAGCAGUACCUUGCAGGAGGGCAAGACACAUCCAAGUUGGGAAGAGGUUCUUUGAUUAUAGCAGGAGGCUUGGCUGGAGCUUCCUUCUGGGUUUCUGUCUACCCAACCGAUGUUGUCAAGAGCGUAAUUCAAGUUGAUGAUUACAAAAAUCCCAAGUUUUCUGGCUCGAUUGAUGCUUUUAGAAAGAUUGUGGCCUCGGAGGGAGUGAAAGGCUUGUACAAGGUUUUUGGACCUGCCAUGGCUCGAAGUGUUCCAGCAAAUGCAGAUUCAUCUCAUAUUUCCACUUUCAAACCCACAAUCCUUUUUUUUUAAUCAACCCACUCCCUCUCUCUACUCAAGGACAUCCACCACUUUGUCCACUUUCCAACCCUUUACUUCACCUUUUGCACCCCACUCACAGAUUCACACACCAUCACUGGUUUUUCAAACUAUUAUUUUAUUUUUUAUCUUUUCUUUUUGAACAUUACACCAUCGCCCCUAACAUCCUCCACUCAAAAAUAUUCUCUCUUUUCUUUAUCUAUUUUUUAUUCUUAUUAUUAUUAUUAAACACAACAAAACAAAAACAACACCAAACACAUUCCACAUCUCACAAUCUUUGUUUUAUUUCUGUUGGGAUUAACCCCGAUCACUAUUUUACACCACAACCCAAAACAACCAAAAAAAA